AUGUCGGAACAAGCGUGGUCGAGAUUAAUCGACGAACACCCGAUCGGACACGGGCUCGAUUCUUUUCGCGCUUCCUUCAACUUGAUCUGUGCUGGUAUAGGUGGUGACCUUGAUCAUCUUGACCUAGAAGAUGCUCAAGAUCUCACGUCCAGCCUACUCACUGCUCUUCAAAUCCUUCCUAUCACCCGUCUCCUGCGAUCAAAGUCAGGGAGAAGCACCGUUCGAAGCGACCUCCUGAGAAUCAUAUCUGCUGUCGCCUCUGAUAGCUUCGAUUUCAACCGUAUAAAACCUCUACUAAAAGUAGCAAAUUUCGGAGAAGACACAUGA